GGUGAGGGCUCGGAAGGUGAGCCGGAAUGAGCGCAGCCACUGCCCAUCACAGACGGUGAAGAAGCUCCUAGAAGAACAAAGGCGCCGCCAGCAGCAGCCUGACGCUGGUGGGCUACCGGGACAGUUCCUGGCUCCCCUGGCCCAGCCCCUGACCCCAUCUGUGAAUGAGGGUGAAGCUGGCCAUACUCACUUCCCAGCACACCAGGAGACUGUGGGUUCUGGACUUGGCAGCCUGGCACCCCCCAUGGGCUUUCCAGACUGGGACCCCAACACGCAUGCUGCCUACACGGACAGGCCCUACUCUUACCCUGCUUCUGCUGCUGAAGGUUUCCUGACUCCUGACUUCUACUCACACUCGGACCCAGGGCGGCCGUGUUCAUUUCCCCUGGGGAUGGAGGACCCCCUGGAUACUCGGCCCUAUGCAGAACCUUCCCUGCCACAGGCAGGAUCCUGGAGAGGUUCUGGACUCCCUUCAGGACCCCCACAGUUGCCUCCUGUGGUCAACGGACCAUCCCUGGACACUGCCCGUGCUCACAUGCUGGCUUUGGGGCCACAAAAGCUGCUGGCCCAGGAUGAGGAGGGAGACACGCUCCUGCACCUGUUUGCGGCUCGAGGGUUGCGCUGGGCCGCGUACGCCGCAGCUGAGAUGCUCCAAGCGUACAGACAUCUGGACAUUCGUGAGCAUAAGGGCAAGACCCCUCUUCUGGUGGCUGCUGCUGCCAACCAACCCCUGAUUGUGGAGGAUCUACUGAACCUGGGAGCGGAACCCAACACCACUGACCAUCAAGGGCGUUCUGUCUUACAUGUGGCCGCUACAUAUGGGCUCCCAAGAGUUCUCUCGGCUGUGAUUAACUCAGGGGUUCGAGUUGACAUCGAAGCCAGAGACUUCGAGGGCCUCACCCCUCUCCACACAGCCAUCCUGGCCCUCAACGUUGCUAUGCACCCACCCGACCUAUAUCCCCCAGUACUGAGUACCCAGGCCCAAGACAGGCUGGCUUGCGUCAAGAUGUUGCUGCACAUGGGUGCUGAUCAUACCAGCCAGGAGAUCAAGAGCAACAAGACAGUUCUGCACUUGGCUGUGCAGGCUGCCAACCCGACCCUGGUUCAGCUGCUGCUGGCGCUGCCACGGGGAGACCUGCGGGCCUUUGUCAACAUGAAGGCCCACGGGAACACAGCCCUCCACAUGGCGGCAGCCCUGCCCCCUGGGCCGGCCCAGGAGGCCAUUGUGCGGCGCCUGCUGGCAGCUGGGGCGGAUCCAACGUUGCGCAACCUGGAGAACGAGCAGCCUGUCCACCUGCUACGGCCCGGGCCGGGCCCCGAGGGGCUCCGGCAGCUUCUGAAGAGGAGCCGUGUGGCACCCCCAGGCCUGUCCUCUUAGGACUCAGACCCAGAACCUGGACUGAUUUUCCAGUCCCCACCGUCCUGUGGGACAGCCAGCGUAUGCUAAUGUUGCAAAUCCGUGAUAAUGUAUGUGCAUAAUGUCCUGCCAUCGGGGUCUUACAUUAAAACCCCAAAAUGGCUGUUGGCGGGUAAACAGUCCCCAAUAUUUGGGGUGGUAUGAUACCCUUCCCCCACCCACAAGGAGCCCCCUUGAUGAUUUCUGUGAAAUCGAGGCCCCUUGAUUGUUUCUGUGAAACACACUGGACCCCCAACCCUUUCCCCACCAGGAUCUUUUGGGGUCCAGAUGUAACUCCCCAUAUGGUACUUGGGGUACGCCAAAACAGCUUCCGGUACCAUCCUAGUAGAGCUCCUAAGAUGACCCCUGACCUCCCCAGGAUCCACCCCCUUCAGGUCCUUAACCCUGAGACAUAGGAAGGACUCUCGAUUAGAGUCCCCUGGGUCCUACUGCUUUAAGUCAGAACACAACCAGGCCCCUGACCUAGACCUCAGUAUUUCUAGUGAAUCCCUCCCCUAUCUGAAACUCUUGAUUAAACUCAGU